AUGGCUAUUUGCAUGCAAUCAACUCUCUACCAAAAUAUCAGUAAGCCUUUGGCUCUUCCAAGUAUCUUAUCUCUUCCUUUCCCAACAUAUCAUUCUCCACUUGAAAUCAAUUUGAAUCCAAUUUUUGAACAUCUAUCCGAUGAUGAAACAUCCAUGAAGAAUGAUGAAGAACAUCCUCAAAAAGUUUACACAAAAGGAUCAUGGUCACAGGAAGAGGACAACUUGUUAAAGAAAGCUGUUCAAAGCCAAUCACCAAUUUUAUGGGAUUUAGUUGCAGAGAAAGUUCCAGGAAGAACACCAAUACAGUGCAAGGAAAGAUGGCUCUAUAGACUGCAUCCUGAAGUCAAAAAGACACGGUUUGAAAAGUGGGAAGAUGAAUUGAUUAUUUCUGAAAGAAAGAAGCAUGGAAACCAUUGGACACUUAUCGCAACAAAGCUCCCUGGUCGUACAUCAUGCGCAGUGAAGAAUCGUUGGUAUUCAGUGCUUAGGAAUAAGAAUCCUAUUUCUGAAUAA